CCCUGUCCGGAUUCUGUGAGUCUUUAGAUUGAGUCAGUCAGUUUGUCAGUCAGGGGUUAGAGUCUAAGUGGUGAGGUUUGGAACCGCUAAUCCGAUUGUGCACUAAUCACCAUGGUUGAUACCCGUAGUGGGAAGAGCACUAGCCCCUAUACCCAGGCCCAACAGGAGCAGAUGACCGCUCUAGUGAAAGAGAAUAGAGAGAGGAAAGAGCUCUUGAAGCAAGCGAAUUUAAAAGCAAUCGCAGAGGAGCAAGCGGCGAAGAUGAAGAAACUGGAGGAGGAGAUGGAGGAGAAGAAAAAGGUUGUCGAGGAAGAAGCGGCAACAGAAGCAGAGGAGGAGAGAAAACUCAGGGAAGCAAAAGGGGAGAGUAGUGGCACGAAGAAUGAGGAUGCACAGAUGGAGAAGAAGAUCAGUGAGGCACUAGCAACAAUCGAGGACCCCCUGGAACGACAAGAGGCAGAGGAAGAGAAGAAGUUGGAGUGGAAGUUGAGGAUGAAGAGGGAAAAGAAGAGAAGAAUGGAGGAAGUUAAUCGGUUGACCACAGAGGUGGAGAAAGUGAGGGUCUGUCGACAAGAAGUGCAAGCACAGACAGAUGUCUCGGCCAAGAUGGACAAGAUGUUGGGAUACUUGGAGGUAUUGAGUGAGGCUUGGCAAGAAGAGCGCCAAGCCAACUGGGAUCACGAUGUGGCCCUGAGUGCCAUGCGGUCAGGAUUCCGAGAUUUUGCGCGCGACGUGGUUACCCACGUUGGGCCCGAAGUUAAGCGGUUAAGAGAGAAUGUGCGGAAGUUUUGUGAAGGCGCCAUUGAGAGUGCCAAAGCAAUAGCCAUCGUUGAGAGUGAGGCCAAACCCCACAAGGACCCCAUUAAGCUUAAAUUCCCUGAUGCAUAUGGCGGGAAGAAGGAGGAAAAUUUUGAUAAUUGGGAGGCUAGCGUCAACAUCUACGUGUACUUCCAACAAAUUUUAACUGAGGAGCAAGUCCUCAUAGCCUUCCAGGCCCUCAAGGAUGAAGCGGCCAGUUUUGCCAGGUCCCUUGCGCGCGCAGCUGGUUGUGAAAACAACCUGGUUGCAUACUCCAAGAUCACCCCCCUCCCUCAUUUCUUUAAGCUCCUGAGGGAGUGAUUUGCUGACCCCACGAGAGGCAUUAGGGCCUCUGACAAGUUACAGACCAUCCACUCG